CACUGAUUCACCCAACUCAGUGAAACGUUAGCUGACUCGCUAGCUAGAGCAACGGGGAACUAUCACAGAGACGGAAGCCUGGGGAGAGUUGAACAUGGCCGAACCCGAGCAACACGAAGGCGAGCAGGACCUAGAGAAGAAAAUUGAGGAGACGAGACAGAGAUUCAAGAAUGAGUUCCUCCAAGAUUCAACAGAAAAAUAUGACUCUAAAGAUGUGGAGAGGCUUCAAAAGGAUGAUGCUCUGGUGGAGGGCUACCUGCAAUGGAGAGUCUGCGUUGUUGACGAUGCCUUGAAAAUGAUUGAUGAAAGCUUUCAGUGGAGAAAAGAAUAUGGUGUGAAUGAUCUCACUGAGAGCACCAUUCCCAGAUGGAUGUUUGAAAGUGGAGCUAUCUACCUCCACGGCUAUGACAAAGAGGGCAACAAGCUCUUCUGGUUCAAAGUAAAGCUACACGUCAAGGAUGCAAAAACCGCCAUGGACAAGAAGAAGUAUGUUGCCUUCUGGUUGGAGCGCUAUGCAAAGAAAGAACCUGGGAUGCCACUCACUGUUGUGUUCGACAUGACGGAGUCUGGCCUCAGCAACAUAGACAUGGAUCUUGUGAAGUACAUCAUCAAUUGCUUCAAAAUAUACUAUCCAAAGUUUUUAUCCAAAAUGAUCAUCGUGGAUAUGCCUUGGAUCAUGAAUGCUGCAUGGAAGAUCGUGAAGUCGUGGUUGGGUCCCGAGGCCAUAAGCAAGCUCAAGUUUGCAUCCAGAUCUGAGAUCCAGGGAUUCAUCGGCCUUGAGUACCUACCACCUCACAUGGGUGGAACGGACCCCUUCAAGUUCAGCUACCCACCGCUUCCCGAUGACGACUUCCAAACACCCAUCUGUGAAAACGGACCAAUCGUUAGUGAGGACGAGACGGAGAUCAAAGAGGCUGAAAUGGAGGGAAAAGAUGCCCUGGAGUCCAGCUUCCACUCUCAGAUUGCGGUUAAGCCCAAAAAGGUGAAUUUCCUGGAAAACGGCAUGAGGGCAGACGUUAAUGACAAAGGAGACACAAGUGCCAAGACCAAAGGGCCCAGGAAGCCACUGACGACCUUCAAAGGCCCUCUGCUAGAUGUUAGCCCCGCAGAGGAGCUCAGCUUUGGUUCGACAGAGACGGAGAAAAAAAGCCUCAUUAUUCUGAGCAAUGUAACCAAAAACCAGGUGGCUUUCAAGGUCCGGACCACGGCACCCGAGAAGUACAGAGUGAAGCCGAGCAGCAGCUGCUGUGAACCCGGAGCCUCCGUCGACAUCGUGGUGUCCAUCCACGGAGGUUCUCAAGCUUCUCCACAGGACCGAUUUUUGGUCAUGGCUGCGGAGAUGGACAAUGCUGGAUCGCAAGAACUCGCACAGUUCUGGAAAGAAGUCCCAAAAGCCAAGAUCAUGGAACACAGACUGCGCUGUCAUGUUCUGGAGAGCGUUAAACCGACUUUGAACCUUCUGAGGGGCGGCCCCGUGGAGACGGGCACCGGCAGGGAGCAGGAGUUCAACACAGCGGCAUGGGAUGAUAACUUUAAUUUCACAUCACUCAUGCGAGUGAUGACCAGCAACGCGCGGAUGGAGCAGAAGCUGAAUACGUGUCUGUGGGUGCAGAAGGUUCUGAUGGGGUUGGUGCUGGUCCUCGUGGUGCUGAACCUGCUGUGCCUCCGCCUGCUGAGCGCUCAGCAGCAGCCGUCCUGACCGGCCGCGGCCGCCUCCCCCUGUAUCCGUCCACCUCGGCCGCACGGACAGUUCCACUCGGACCAGUUUACUACCCGAGGGACGGUCGGCCUGAGCUCCCCCUCCCCGUGGGGCUGCUGUGCCGACUUUAGAACAACAACAACAACGUGAGUUGUUGUGGAGUUACUAUAUGAAGAGAUUGUACUCGUCUUAUUCCAGGCACUUGAGAGUUAAUGCAACAGAAACCCUUUUAAAAAUGUGACAACAAACCAGUAAUGCUUUUUUUUCCUUUUUUUUAACCAACCAUUAAAUGAACGUGUAUUUAUUGCUAAAAAACACUAUGUAGGAAGAAUUAGUUAUUUUUGUGAUCAUAAUGUACACUUUUUUAUAAUAUAUAAAUCUGCAGAAUAUAAAAUAAACAAUUUUUGUCAACUUA